UUAUUAUUAAAAUAUUUAUUGAACCCCUUUACACAGACUUGCAGGCAUCUGAAUGCACUGUUCUGAUUGGUUGACAGGCACUACCUGAAAGUCAAACUGAGGGAGAAUUUCCCCCACUGCGUGUGUGACGUAGGCAGUAGGUGGAUGAUGUUAACUUCCUAGUUGUCUGGAUAUUACUUUAAUAACAGCUAACACGACGUGUAUAUCUUCUAAAAAACCCAAAUAUAAGCUCGAUUCCGGUUAAAAAAGUUAAACUCCACGGCUCUAAUUUUCUCUCUUUAAUACAAGCGGAGUGUUUUUGUCAAAAUGACUUUUUACAGACUUCUCUCCGCGGUUCUUUUACCGAUAUGUUGGGUGUUUGUCGCCGUGGUGGGGGAGGCUUUAAACCCGGUCACAGAGGCUCAGAUCCCCGCAGUGACGAACUCCAGCACCGGGGGGAACUCCACACACAGCGGCGGGAAAAAGCACCGAGGAGAAGGGCUGUUUAACGGGCUGGACAGCUCCAUGAUUCAGAGGGCCCUGUACGUGCUGAUCGGGAUCACCAUCAUCGGGGUUAUUUACUUCGUCAUCCGGGCUGUGAGGCUGAAGAGGCCCGCCCACAAGAAGAAGUACGGCCUGCUGUCGAACUACGACGAAUCCGUGGAGAUGGAGGCGGUGGAGAGCGAAGAGGACGACACGCUGUAUGAAGCACGCAGCCUCCGCAGGUCAGAAGUCAACAACAACAACAACACAGAAUACUGCUCUUUACGGUGAUGCUGUACAACCGGC